CAGGGUCCUACUUGCUUACAUACACUCUAUAAUUUACUCUUGGAGCCAUUCGACGACUUACUACCAUCAGGUUGUUCAGUUUCACGACAAGGGCGAAAAGAGCUCAUUUUGGUGUUGGAAAAUGAACUUUACCUAGUGCCAUUCGCCAUAUUACGCAGCUCCAAGGAAGAUGGCGAAUACUUAUCGGAACGUUGUUCAAUAAUUACGAUACCCUCGUUGCAAUCGCUCCGUUUGAAGAGCAAAAUUUUACGCACACGUGAACUUACGGAAAAUCUAAGCACCGCCUUGGUAGUCGGCGGUCCACGUAUACCUUCCGUACUAUCCGAAACUUGGGGUUGGUCGGAAUCACCUGCUUCGCUGCAAGAAGCCGCUAUGGUUGCUGAUAUGCUACAAGCCAAGGCCAUUGCGGGCUGCAAUGCGACCAAAGAAGCAGUUAUAUCUGAGCUACCAACUGCAGAAUGUGUACACUUUGCCGCUAACCUCAGCUGGAAACUGGGAGCGGUUGUGUUAAGCCCAGGCGAUGUAGUGGAUUCACAGACACAGAAACGUUAUUAUCAAUCAACAGCUAGUGCUGGCGCACAGGAGGAGGAAACUAAUGAACUAUCUGGUGGCAAUAUAGAGUUGCCACAACUCUCCGACUUUAUACUGUCCGCUGCAGAUGUGCUCACUAUGAAACUCAACGCUAAGUUGGUUGUGUUGAGCUCCUAUCACUCGAUUGAACCCAUCACUGGUGCAGGUGUUGCCAAUUUGGCGGGUAGCUGGUUAUGUGCUGGUGCUGGAGCUGUACUUAUAUCUCUAUGGCCAGUGCCCGAAACAGCUGCCAAAAUAUUAUUGCGCGCGUUUUACUCCGCGCUCUUACAAGGUGCACGCGCUGCUAGAGCUCUCGCCGAAGCCAUGCAGACAGUCCAACAUACUAAACAUUUUGCUCAUCCUGCCAACUGGGCUGGUUUCCUUCUAAUCGGUGGUAAUGUGCGACUUUCUAAUAAAGUGGCCAUGAUGGGAAAUGCAUUGUGUGAACUAAUGCGUACGCCUGAUAAAUGUCGCGAUGCGCUACGUGUCUGCUUACACCUGGUUGAAAAGAGCUUACAACGCAUACAUCGGGGUCAAAAGAAUGCAAUGUACACAACACAGAAGAGCAUUGAGAAUAAGGCAGGACCAGUGGGCGGUUGGAAAGAUCUUCUGAUGGCAGUAGGCUUUCGCUUUGAGCCUGCUGCUAAUGGCAUACCAUCAAGUGUUUUCUUCCCACAAUCCGAUCCGGAAGAUCGUCUUUCACAAUGCUCCGCUAGCCUACAAGCCUUGUUGGCACUGACGCCGCUUACUUUGCAAGCGUUGGCGAAGUUAGUCAAUAGCGCCGAUGUGGCAGAUGAUAUCAUUACACUUAUAAGAAAUGUUUUGGCGCAAUUUCCACCCAAAGGUGCCGCUGAAACGGAGGCUUGCAUAGAGAUACCCUUGAGUGUGCGCUUGUGGCGCGUGGCAGGUUGUCACGAGCUUUUGGCAUCCAUUGGGUUCGAUCUUACAGAGGUCGGUCAGGACCAAGUAACAUUACGUACAGGCAAACAAGCGAACCGGCGAAACUGUCAAUUUGUACUGCAAGCUUUGUUGGCGCUAUUUGACACUCAAGAGGCACCGAAAAGCUUAGGAUUGGACUCAUCCAGCAGCUGUGAAUCGCUCACUGAUGAAACACAAGCCGAAUUACAAGUAUCUGUAUCCAAUCCAGCGCUCGCGCUAACAUCAACACCUACAGCAACUACUUCCCACCUUUCGGCAGAUUCCACCAAACCCAUGGGACUGGGUUUGCAACUGCCACCACUUAAUCGCACUCGCGUAAUUAGCAGCAGCGGCAGCGCCUUUAUAUCGUAUGUACGCCGACGUGGUGAACCCGAUGGUGGACGCACUGACACAGAAUCUAUACCAAGCGCGCCAGACAGUGCUGGUUCAGCACUAUAUCCCACGCAGGAUUCUAGCUUGGCCAACACUACUGACAGUGAACUAUCAGAUGGUUACAUCUCGCAAGCGCAUAUUAAUAAAACCACAGGACCUCGUUUAGGUUAUUCCAGCUUACGUGCACCCGUACGCGUAUCACGUCCUGGUGGUGGUGGUGAAAGUGAUGCCGCAUUUACUCCCAGCCCUCCCGUGACUACACAAAACCCAGUGGAGCAAAAUGUAUCUAUGGCGUUAGCACACCAAACUCGUAUACGUAAUCUUUAUUCAAGCGCAGGUAUGAACUAUUUAGGUGAUAGUGUCAUUCCAGAAAUGAGUGUUGUGCCAAGUGGCAUUUCUCGACGUCCAGACAGCUCCAGCUCGGCAAGUUCCACAACCGACUGGGAAAUAUCGGGGCAUGCAACGGUCUUACGACGUAACAAUCAACCACCUCCGCAUCCUGGACAUAUGCCUCCACUGCCACCACCUAGACAAAACCUACCGUUGGUCGACAGUUUACGACCUGUGCCACCAAUGGCGCCUGUCUACAAUAACCUUGGACCCACUACAUCGUUGGUCGGUCCCACCAUGUUAUCAGCUAACUUGGAAUCUACAAGCUCUGAAUCAGAAAUUGAGCGUGGACUUGAGUUAACUCAGACGCCGAUGUCACACUUCCGUCUUAAACCUAAAAUAAAACUGGGUAACGCACAGUCAUCAGUGGCUGCACGUCUUAGCAAAGAGCAUGCGCUCUUCAUGGAUCGACUUAAUAUACGUACAGAAGCUCCUACGAAUAUGAAUGCGAACCACCAAGGUGCUUCAGGCACAGCCAACGCACUUGCUGGUAGUCGCAAGCCUUUAAGUCUGCCCGAAGAAGACGAUAAUGCGCUUAUUGUAAACGCAUCCAACCUUUACUUCUCUCAAGCCGAUACCGAGCUGCUAAACGAGGCAAAGAAAGACCUCAAAUCAGUAGCCACAAAUGCUACGACGGCAAUAAGCAAUCAAAGUGUUGCAUCUAAAGAUGCGAGCAAAGUGAAUCAGAAGAGUAUACAAGACUCAAUAAUGCGGCAUAUGAAUCGUGAAACUCCCACCAUCUCGGAGGUAUACCAUGAACGUAAUCUGGGUCUAGGCCUAGCGCCACCACUCUCCAAAUUACUGCUAAGCAAGAACUACGACGAUGAGCCCAGUGUGAGUAGCAGCAGUAGCAAACUCAGCAAUACUUGCACCAUAAAAAGUAUUGUUGAUGCUGUCAAUGAACUGGAACUCAGCGGCACCUCUUCCUCAUCAUCAGUGAGCACAGCUAAUACGAAAACUAUGAAUAUACCACCACACAACACAGCCAAUAAUAACACCAACCCGACUAAUGCCAACAGCAACUGUGCCGCUAUUAAUACAAGCAGCAGCAACAACAAUGGAAAUGUGCACAAUACCGUCGCAACCACAAAAGAGACUUGCUCCAUUUGUGGUGAACCCGCAGACAUCAUUUGUCGUUGCAAAGCGGCCACGGUACAAAAGAAAGGCACGCUCAAACCCUGGCUAAGCAAUGUGCCUUCGAGUAUAGUGAAAGCCAGUGAACUCACCACCGCCGAUAUAUUAGAACGACAGCAUAAGAUCAAAAUGAAUGUUGGCACGAUCAAAACGAAAGCCGAAGUAGUCACAAAUAUGACUAUGACAAAUGUAAAACGCGCCAGCAGCCCCUUCAACGAGUUCUGCCGUCGGGAUGAGGGUGAUGGCAGAUCCGUGGCAGACUCGCAAUGCAGCAGUACGUACAAAACGGCGGCGGCGGUGUUAGGUAAUAAUGCUAAUGGAAAUGGUGGCACAGUGAGUAACAAAGAAAGUGCAAAAAGUACUACUCAAACCGGAGGCAGUGGUGUGCUGGGUAGAAAGAUGUGAACAAGUAUGAAAAAUAAGGUCGCGUCUACUAAAGCGUAGAUCAAUAAUUAUCUAAGAAGUAUUUUUAAUCAUAAAUAAGAUAUUAUUACAAUUAAUGUUUUCAAUUUGUUAGUAAAAUAGUUAAAACUCUUUAAAUAUUUCUAAAGGAUAAAAAGAAGAGAAGUGUAUUUUACUAGAAGUUGUACAGUUUCAGGCUUAGAAUACAUAUUUCUUAAACUUAAGCUGUUUUUUGACUAUCAUACAUUAAACUUGCCGUAUCUUUUACAUUAUUUUUAUGUAAGUAUUAUUUUGUCUGUAUUGAUUUUGAACUAAAAGACUCAAUUGUGUAUU